CGAUAUUUACGAUUAGCUGGGCUAGUCUGAAAAUUUAAUAUGUUAGAAAAGUGAUCUGUUAUUAAAAAGCUUUAAUUGAAUACGGCGGACAGAUAAGGUAUUACAGGUAGAAGAGUUUCACAGAUUUGACUGAAAGGAAAUUGCAUGUGAAGAUUAACAAACGUUUUUUUUUAAAAAUGUCUUUUCCGAUAUUGGAGAAUAAAAUAAAGGUACUUCCACAUUCAUGUUUCAUCUGUAGCAAAGCAUUUGUCCGGAAAAAUACACUUUUAAAGCAUUAUCAUGAGCAUCCGAGAGAACUUGGGUUGAAUUUGGAACGGUUAGAGGAAGAAAGAGCAAAAUAUUUAGCAAAAAAGAAUUUAAAUAAUCCAAAUCCUUCUAAUAUUCUUGGGAAUGGCUUGGAAAAUAAUUAUAAUGGAAUGACUGAAGAAUGCAUCCAAAAUGCUCAAAAUAGUGACCAAAAUGGAGAUCAAAAUGUAAUUCAAAACCUUGAUUCUAAUGAUAUUAUUGUUACUAGUUUAUAUUCAAGUAAUAUAAUGGUUCAAAACUUGGAUCCUAUUAAUAUAGUUCAACAUAUUGAUCCAGCAAAUAUAAAUCCCACUCUUGAAUCUGAAAGUUCUUUUGCAUUAGAAAUUCUUCCAGAUAAAGAAACUCAUGAAUGCAGUGAGUGUGGUGCCAGUUUUUCUGCUGCUAGUAGUUUGAAAAGGCAUUCUUUGAUCCACAAUAAAAAUCAAACUUUUCCAUGUGAUAUUUGCAGUGAGAGUUUCCCAUCAAAAAAUGAACUGAAAAGUCAUUAUGUUAUUCACAAUACUGUUCGUCCUUAUUUGUGUUUAAUUUGUGGUAGAAGUUUUUCUCGUAAAUUUGAUUUGUCAAAGCACAGGUUGACACACGCUUUGAAAGUUUGUAGGAUUUGUAAUGAAAGUUUUGAGUCAAAGGCAUUACUGAAACAGCAUUACCGUGUUCAUAAAGAUCAAAAAGUAGAAAUAUGUGACAUAUGUAAUGAACAAUUUUCUAAAAAGAGUGAAUUGCAAAAGCAUCGAUUAAAACAUACUGGAAAUGAACCAUAUGUUUGUGAAGUUUGUAAUGCUGGUUUUUUCAAAAGAAGUGCUCUUAAAAUGCAUUAUUUAAGUCACCCUAACGAGAGACCCUUUGUUUGUGACAUUUGUAAUGAGAGUUUUGCCGAGUAUUCAGAUCUUGAAGUUCAUAAAAAUGAGCAUGCUACUGCUCCUUUGUUUGCUUGCAAAGUGUGUGAUGAAGCAUUUACAGUUAAAUCUGAUUUGCAAAAACACAAACAAACACACAGCAAAAAACAAAUUUUUUCGUGCAAAGAUUGUAAUAAAAAAUUUAAGAGCAAAACUGAGCUCCAAGAACAUAAGCAUACACAUACCAAGAAGAAAAUAUAUGUUUGUAAUGCAUGUAAUAUUGCAUUUCAAAAGAAGGACAAAUUUGAAGAGCAUAAAAGGAAUCAUAAUAAGAGAAAGUCUGUGGUGUGUGAAAUAUGUGAUGAAAAUCUGAAGCAAGAUGAAUAUGAAGAUCAUAUGCUAAUGCACAACGAAGGUAAAACUCACACAUGUAGAGUUUGUAGUGAAAGUUUCAUGUUUAAAGAUGAUUUACUAGCUCAUUCUCGUACUGCACAUGUCAAAGAUAAACCAUUUGCUUGCAAUCUCUGCAAUGAAAGCUUUGAAUUCAAGAGUGAUCUUCGUGAACAUAAGCAAGUUCAUGCCCAGAAGAAAAACUACAGCUGUAAAGUAUGUCACCUAUCAUUUAAUUUGAAAUCUGAACUUGUUGAACAUAAUAAAACUCCGUGUAAGAAAAAACCUCACUGUUGUAAAACAUGUGGUGAAAGGUUUGCUCUUAAAGCUGAACUUCAGCAGCAUGAAAACAGUCAUAAAGAAGAUAAUGAAUAUGACCAUUAUGCAUGCAAAUCCUGCUUUAUGUAUUUUGAUUCAAAGUUUGAGUUGUCUGAACAUACACCAUCUUGUCCCCAAAAGAAGCCUCACUUAUGCAAAAACUGCAAUCAGAGAUUCAAAACAAAAGAAGAACUCCUAGAUCAUAAGAAGAUUCACAGCAGACGACAGCCAUUUAUCUGCAAAGUUUGUAAUGAAGGGUUCAAGGUUAAAGAAGAUUUGGAAAGUCACAAAAAAAUCCACAACACAAAUCCUACAUAUCCUUGUAAUAUAUGUGAUAAAAUUUUCAUGCAGAAAGAAAGUUUGAAAGAACAUAAAUUAAGCCAUGAAGGUGAAAUUGCAUAUAUAUGUAGUGUAUGUGAAGCUACAUUUGAGAACAAGGCUGAUUUUAAAGCCCAUCGUGAAACACAUGAUGUCAUUAUUCAUCAGUGUAAAGUAUGUAAUGAAACAUUCAGCAUGAGAAAAGAUUUAAAACGACAUUAUUUAAAGCAUAUCUUAGAAAGACCAAAUUUAUGUCGUAUUUGCAAUGCAAAUUUUGAACAAUGGGGUGCCCUAAGAACCCAUUACCUUACUCAUACAAGAAAUUGAUUUUUUAAAGUGAAUUUUAUCUAUGCAAAUACCAUAUUGCCUCCUUUUGAGUUCUGUAAGGCAUUAAUUAAUAACAAAAUUUAUUGCAUUAGUUUAUAAGUAUUUUAUAUGUGUAUAUUUUAGAAUGACAUUUAGAAAUCAAACAUCGAAUUGUUUACGGUUUGAAAACUGGAGAAACAAUUUGGUUUAUUCUGUCAGUUAUCACACAAAAAAUCGUCCCGAUACUUCAGGAAUGAUCAAAAUUAAUAUUUCUGUUGAAGCUUGUUACUAGAAGGUUUUUGCGAUUACAAUACUUCGUUUGCUUCGUACAAGAAAAUAAAAACAAGUUCACUUUCCCUUUUAAAUGGGCAUAUUCUGGUAAAUUUAACAAGCAGCAGUAUUAGUUGAAAUGACAUCAUGAAUUUUACAGUGUACUAGCAUUAAGUUAUGUUAAAUUUCUUGGCAAGAGUCAUAACUUUUAUAGCUCUGAUCAUUUAGCGUAAAUGCAUAGUUGCCAACACUUCCCGCUUUUUCGAUAUUCCCAGUAGAUCACCAAAUCUGUCAUUUUGUUUAAAUUGUUAGUUUUUAUUAGCAGAAGUGUUUAUCGGUAAUGACUCUUAAAUUGUGCUCAUUUUAAAUUUCAUUACUGAAUUAAUGAAGCUUAAAUUGUGCAGAUUACAACCCAUCACCCCUAGUGAUAUUCAGCAGACAUUUUUGUAUUAAAUUUUUGAUGUGAAUUGUCUUAUUGCUGACAUUUGUAAAACUUAACAUCAGAUUGAACCAAAUACUUAAUCAUUAAAUCAUCAUUUUAUAUUAAUGUUUAGAGUCAUUAGGCUCAUUUCAGAACAGGAAACGAAAAAUGUCAAAUUCAAAAAUUUUAUUUCCGUCAUACUUAAAAAGUACUUUGAUAAAUUAAAUCUUUCCUUUCCUAUUCUGAAUUUUUACAGUAUAAAAGCAUAAGAAAAUUACAAAAUGAAAUUAAUCCAAGAAUUUAAAAUUAAGAAUAUGUAAUGAAAUAUGAACAUAUUUUACAUUAGAAACAUAUUAUGAGUAAUUAAAUAAAGUGAAUGAUUGUCUUAAAGCGAGUUUAAAUCAAUUUUGAGUUCUGUUAAAAUGGUGCCACUAUGCAGCGCAAAAACUUCAAACUCCCGGUUUCGCUUAUUUCAAGCUUGGCAGCUAUGAUAAUUGUACUUAAGCUCAGCUUAUGUUAUAAUGCAGUUUGUGCCAUUGUUAACUUCUGUUUAUACUUUUGUAAUUCUAACGUUAUAAGUCUCCAUUUGUGAUAUGCUAUAGUGUGAAUGUAGCCUAAAGUGGUAAAUAUCUGUGUUGAUAUAUCUUUACCGGUCACAUAAAAUGUUAAUAUUAAAGAAUCCAGAAAUCCCAAGUUUCUUUUUAUUGUAUAUUUCUAAGUAAUUUUAAUGUUGCAUUAUUUUUGUAAUAAUUGUAUUAUGUCUAAGAAAAGCACCGGUAAACUUGUGAGCCUAAAAAGUGUAAUCGCUGCUAAAAUGGGGGGGAGGGGAAUUAAAUGAGUAGAUUUAAUAUGUUUCUUUUUUUUUAAUAUUGCAAUAAAUACAGAUUUUUAUGAGCUCUCUAGGCAGUAUCGAAAUUUAUUUUUUCUUUGUAAGUAUCUAAAAUUAAGUAUUUCAGAAUUCUGUUGGUGAAGUAUGUAAAUAAAUAUAAUAUAUAAUACAGAUAAAUUAAUAAAUAAUGAAUGUAAAUGAAAUGUUGGCUUUAAAUCGAAACACAAUUAACAGUAAUGCAUUGCUGCCAACUCUCCCAGUGUCAUCAGAUUUCCAGUUUAUUUUUACACAUAUCCUGGUUUUCAAUUUUUCGCAUUACUAAUGGAAGUGUUUUUCAGCAAUAAAACUUGUACAGGAUAAGUUUCAUUGUAGAAUUAAUGAAACUUAAAAAAAUUUUCUUCUCCCACCCUUUGUGGUCUUCAGCAUAAUUUUUCUUAUUAAAUUUUAUUUGAUCUGAAUGGUCUUAUUCUACUGUAGACAUUUAUAGAACUAUGUUUAAACUGUAAGUAUUUUGUAUUUACUUUUGUUUUAAUAGAUAUAUGGUGCAUUACUAAUUUUAUCUGUGCAAUAAUAUGUACAUUAAUUAUAACCUUGUGGAAAAUGUUCUUUAAA